UGUAGGGAAAAACUUUAACUAAUUACGUAAAUAUGAGAAAAUGGCGACCGAGUGGGAAGAAGUGAAGAGACUCGCUGCAGAUUUUCAAAGAGCUCAAUUAAGUAGCACUGUACAAAGGUUAUCCGAAAGGAAUUGCAUUGAAAUUGUUAAAAAACUUAUAGAGUUGAAAUUAAUUGAUGUUAUUUUUACGACCGAUGGUAAAGAGUAUAUUACUCCUCAACACUUGUUAAAAGAAAUAAAAGAUGAAUUGUUAGUCCACGGAGGAAGAAUUAACUUGGUAGAGUUAUCUCGUAUAUUAAAUAUUGAUUUUAGUCAUAUUGAAAGUAAAGCAAAUGAACUCGCAAAAAGCGAAACAGAAUUGAAACUUAUACUCGGACAAUUGAUUGAUAAUACAUAUUUAGAUGGUAUAGCAGAUGAAAUUAAUGACAAGCUUCAGCAGACUGGUCAAAUAACUAUAGGUGAACUCACUAAACAAUAUGACUUACCUGGAGAUUUUUUAGAAGAGAUAGUUCAUGAAAGAUUAGGAAUUUCAAUUCAAGGACAAGCAGAUCCAUUUGAUUCAAGAACAAUAUUUACUGAAGCAUAUAUAGCUAAAUAUAAUGCAAUAAUUAGAGGUGUUUUAUCAGCUAUUACUAGACCAACAACACUCAAUAAUCUAAUUAACAAUUACAAAAUCCCUGAAAGACUUUUCUAUAGUAUUAUAGACGAUCUUUUGAAAAAUAAUUAUAUUCAUGGCAGUAUAUCGGGUGGUCGUUCUGAAAGAGCAAGUUAUAUACCUGAUAUCUAUGCAAAAUCUCAAAAUGAAUGGAUAGAUUCAUUUUUUAUGCAAAAUAAUUAUAUAGAAUAUGAUUCUUUGUUAAGACUCGGUAUAUCAGAGCCAAAGGCAUACAUAAUGAAAAAAUUUAAAGAUAAAGAUCUUACUUAUUUAAAUUCCUGUUGUGUUGGAAAAUCUAUUUGGGAACAAGUUGAAGCUGCCAUUGAUGAAGUUAUUAGCACUGCUUCUUGGAUUGAUGCCAUGCCUCUUUUACCAUCUGUUCUAAAUGAAGAUGAUAUGCAGCAGAUUGUACAGAUUGUGUUGAAAUCAUACUUAAAAAGUAAUACAAAUAUUCAUAUUUUCUGUAAUACAAUUCUAGUUUCAGAUGUAUUUCUUCAAGACUGUUUCAAAAUAUUUGAACCUAUUAUGAUAAAAAAAUCUGAAGAGGAUAUACAUAAAGGCGUUUAUCAUUUCUUGAAUCCUCAAUCAACUAAGGUUUUAUCAAAGGGUGAUAAAGCAGAUGAAUCAAGUGGCAAAAAUAAACAAGAAAAGAAAGAUGAAAGAAGGAAAAAGGGUGGAAAAUCUAGAGGUUUACAAGGACGAGAGACUAAAAUGAGAGCUACUAAAAAGAAAUAUCUUGCAAAUAAAGGGGGCAGUGAUAGUGAUUCUGAAACAGAAUUGGGAACAUCUUUUGAAAAAUCUGGUGGAAAGCAACAAGAUAUUGAAUUUCUAACACUAAAUGAAAUAGAAAAAGAAUUAUCAAAAUUAAUAACAUUACAAGAUUGUCCAGAAGAAUUAAUUAAUGAAUUAGCAAAACAUUUAUUUAAACCUCUAACAAAAAAAUAUCAAGAAAUUGCAAAAUCUGUUUUCUUGGCUUCAGCAACAUCAUCUAGUGCAACUAGAAGGAAAACUCAUGCUGAAGUUCAAGAAAAACUAAAUACAUUAUAUUGUCAAGUACAUAUGUUUGAGAAGGGUCUUAAAAUUUUCUCUGAUGAUGUUCAGUUGCAGUUAAUCAAGUAUUUGUUGAAAUCAUUAUGCUCAGAUAUGACUAACAUAAUUGUAAAUUAUUUGUGUGCUGAACUUGGAAUUAAUAGUGAGGAUGAAACUACUACUGCAAUUACACCAGAGGCAAGACUGAAAAUAAUAGGAAAACUUCCAGUUGAAUCAAAGGAUGCAAUAAUGAAACUUCAUAACAGUUUAAACAAUAAAACAUUAGAUGAUUUCUAUAAAGAAAUAGAAGCAGUAACCAGUUCUGAUUUUUGUGAUAUGAUCUUGAAGAAGAUUGAUAAGAAGAGAGAAAGACAAGCAAUAUCUGAAUAUAGACAUACACUUCUUGCACAACUCUCUGAGACAACCGAUUCCGCUCUUUGUCUGCACUUGGCCGUUCUUUUACUUAUUUUGAUUCAAAUGCAACAAAUGAUUCACGCUUCAGGGAAAUUUGUUCCACAAAUGAUAACUUUUUUGCAAAGACAAGUUCCCGCCGAGAUAUAUCAACUACUUCACGAGUUUCAAGAUCUGGUAAUAAAACAGUUAAAUCAACAAGCCGAUGCUCAGGCUGAAGAGGCAGCAAAAAAAUUGGAAGAGUUAAUGCCAAAAUUGAAAGAUGUGUGUAUCAAUUAUAAAAAGUCACAACCCAAUGUUGAGUCUUGAAAUUACUACUUUGUAUUAAAACAAAAAAGUAUUUUUGAUGUACAAUUAAAUAAAAUGUUUGUUUACUUGAA